UGUAUCUCCUCUCUUACAUACUUACCAUGAGUCCCUCUCCUUCUUUUUACAACCUUUUUCCUUUUCUCCAUAAAAAGCCCAAUCAACCCUUCUCUUCUCAUUCUUCAAUCCUCCUCGCCACCGACCUAUCCCAACAACCCUCCGAUCUCCGCCGGUAACCAUGGGAAAGAAGCGAAAGUCCACCGCCACAAGUCUCGACGAAGUGGAUCGAACCAUGUAUGCUUCCUUUUGUACCACCGCAAAUUCUAUUUCGCAACUCUACACUCACGCCAUGAAUCACCAGAAACUCUCCUUCCACGCCGGUGAACGCAACGCCCUCGAAAAACUUUAUCAGUGGAUUUGGAAACAAGAAGAAGGAGGGUCAAGGGUUGGAACAGUUGAUGUUGUUAAUUACAUUCAGAAUGAGUUGGAUUAUUGUGGAGAAGAACCAUCCAUGUCACCUAGAGCACCUCCGCAGCACCAGCAGCCACAACCAAUGAUGCCAGUCACGAGUUCAGGUUUUCCAGUCACUUCAGGAUCUUCUGGCCAAACACUAGCUUUGCAAGGAUUCCGCUCCGACCCUUGUGAAAAUCAACCCGUGUUUUCAAAUGCAUUAUCAAGCCCUGUACGUCGAAAUCUUCAGCUUUAUCAAAUUGGCGAGGGAGGAAUCUCUGCUGGAAAUGGAAAUCAAAGCAGGGAUUCAAAUGCAGCGAGUUCCAACAACGAUUCUGCCAUGGAUAUGUAUGCAGACUAAUCCUAUUCUUGUCUAUUGGUUUAUCAACUGGAAAUUCUUACCUGCCCAUGCCUUCUGCAAAAACUGCAUAAGAAGCCAACAGCCAUCACAGUUCCUUGUCUGGAUUUGCUUGCUCUUUGGAUGCAAGAAUUUACAAGAAGGUGGAGCUAAUUCUUGUUACAUUUUUGGUAUGCUGUCAACCGAGCAAUCGGUUUGAAGUCUUAAUGUGUUCUCUGUAAAGUUUUUUUAAACAUUUUAUUUUGAAAGGUUACUUCUCUAAGAAGUUUCCCUUUUAAACCUGUAUCUGUCCACAGAUUCUAACCAUAUGGCAAUUUACAGUUGAUGCUAGUUUUACUC